AUGCCUUCACGUUUAACUACUCCUGUCGUCACGGUGGACACGGCGAAGAUCCACAAGGUGGACACGGCCAAUGCGCAAAGCCUUCAUGGAAUGUGGAUGGUCUUUUCGAAAUGUGCAGAUUACAUGGAAGAGGGCCGUCGUCUUGAAAACCUAAGCUGGAGACUAUGGACACGUGAGACUUUCUGUGUGGAGCCGGCGACAUCGAACGAUGCCUCGGUUUUGCCACUGCUUCGUCAGGAGUCUGCAGACAUGCCAGAACUUUCUGCCAGUGUUGAAUCUGCUGCGUCUGAGCAAGCUGAGAGAAUUGAGCACCAUAUCAAACGCCCUAAGUGUGAGAUCAAGCCUGCCGUUGUGCGUGACGAUUCUUUGGCAAGUCUUGGCCGCGGAAAAGAAAAGCAUAUCACAUCAAUGGGUCUGGAACGCAUGGUACUUAACAUCAAAGAGAAGAAGGACCUCGAACCUAUCUCUUCCGCAAUGGCUACAGUCUCGCCCCCUGUCGUUGAUAUUACGCCUCGGCCAUCUACUCCAACCCCUACCCCUCCCUCUGAGUCAACUGCGAGACGAACACCCUCGCCGUCUCCGUCAUUUCCUGUCAUUCAGCAGCCGAAUCACUCUACAGAGUCUUGUUCGACCACUGCACCAGAUUGCAACGACAGUGAUGCUGCUAAUGCCAAUGCCUCCGAUACUAGCGUGUCUUCCUCCGGUAUUCUUCCAUCCCGAUGCGAGUUGAUCAAGUCUCCCAGCAUUAUCCGUGGCUUCUCGCCUUCUCUGAUCUCGUCGUCUUAUCGAUCGCAGCCUAGAAUGGCAGCUGAACCCAGCCCCGCAAAGGCUUCCGCACAACUAAAGCCGACACCCUUCAAAAAGAAGGGUGGAAUGUUUACAUUGGGCGGUUCUUCAGGUGAUGACGAUGAGAGCUCUUUUGAGGACCGCAUGGUUUUGCGUGGUCCCCAUCGUAGUUCUCUCUCCGACGAAUUAUCCAAGUCUGGAACUAUGCAACCUAGUCCUAAAAAGAAGGUCACUUCGUUCAAGGAACAUGAUGGCACGAUAAAGCCUGUCAAGGAGCCCUCUGGAGACAAUGAUGAAGAUGCUAUCGAGAGCGAGGACGAGGUUGACGAGAGUGCUAUUGAAGAUGAGGAUUCUGACUGGGAGGACUCUAUCACAGAGAGCGGACGCUCGAGUCUCGAUGAGAGAGACAUGUUCCAGCGGGUCGAUUCAAGGCCUAACCUUGUCUCGCGACGCUCCCUCUUGACAAUGAUGAUGCAUCAGCCAACUAAAAUGGGAGCUCCUACGCGCUCCAGUCCAGCCUUGCAACGGUCGCGUUUGACAUCACCAAACGGCCCAUCCAUCCCCGCCUCGCCGCCUGAAGACGAUGAGGAUAACUUGACGAUGCGUGGCCCAGGUGUCCCUCGAUCGAAGCCCAUAGUCAUGAAACCUACUCCGCAGUCAGUCGCUCACUCGCCGAGGACCACGCGACGGAACAUGCUUGCCACCGAACUCACGGAGUCACUCCGACGCCAUUUACUUUGGGAACGACAGCAGAAGAGUGCGACUGCCAAUGCCUUCCUCAAGCGACGACACACUGCACAUGACAUGGCAAACUUGCAGGAAUAUCCCAAUCCUAAGGGGGCACAAAAGGGACAGGGUGUUGGCGUGUCCAACCCCGGUGCAGACAAGGACAAGGAUAUGGCGAAGACAGCUUCUUUCAAUCAAUAUACUGACUUUGGUCCGUGGGAGUACCACGCUAAGGGUUGGUAA